AAGUCCAGGCUUCGGGUCACCUGACCGUAGAGUCGGCUAGAGAUGGCGUCUUCCUUGGUCCCUGGUGACAGGCUGGUGCGCGCUUUGGGCCCUGGCGGGGAGCUGGAGCCAGAGCAGCUGCCCCGGAAGCUGCGGGCAGAGCUGGAGGCCGCGCUGGGGAAGAAGCACAAGCGCGGUGACAGCCCCAGUCGUCCCGCUCGCCUGGUUCCCUUCCGCCUGAUCCGGGAUCUUCAUCAGUACCUGAGAGAAAAGGAUUCCACACUGUACCUUCAUGAGCUCCUAGAAGGCAGUGAAAUUUAUCUCCCAGAGGUGGUGAAGCCUCCUAGGAACCCCGAGCUAGUUGCCCGUCUGGAGAAAAUUAAGAUACAGCUUGCCAAUGAGGAAUAUAAGCGGAUCACCCGCAAUGUCACCUGUCAGGAUCCAAGGCAUGGUGAGAUUCUCAGUGACCUGGGAAAGCAAGUGAGGUCAGUGAAGGCUCUGGUCAUCACCAUUUUCAACUUCAUUGUCACGGUGGCAGCUGCCUUCGUCUGCACUUACCUUGGAAGCCAGUAUAUCUUCACAGAAAUGGCCUCGCGGACACUGGCUGCAUUGAUCGUCGCCUCUGUGGUAGGUCUGGCCGAGCUGUAUGUCAUGGUGCGGGCGAUGGAAGGCGAGUUGGGAGAGAUAUAACUGAUGCUUCAUCAUCAAAGUCUGGAGAGGAUUUGGAGGGGCUCCACGCUCCUAGCUGCCAAUCACUGACUCUUAGUGAACCCAUCAGGCUCUUUGUAUUCAGCUCUGGUUAUUCAGGGCUGAGCCAAGGCUAUCUGCUCUUCCUUUGGGGAGCCGUAUCCUCUGUCAAUUGCCAGAGGGAGCAGUAUGAUCUGUCUGUACCUUCUCCUGAUCCUGGUGUCCAUCUGCCUUCACCAGUCCAUUCUGGGCACUGCUGGGGAUGGAUUUUUUUCCAUCUGGAGUAAAUAGAACCCAGGCUUUCCCAGAAGUAGACCACACUGCCUUGAACUUGCCCAAGCACACAAAUCAGUCAUCCUUUCCUCCACGCAUCCUUGACACAGGCUUGUAACUUAGUUAUGAAACUUCCAAGAAAGCAGAAAGGUUUCUGUUUCUCCGGUUUGUGCUGGAAGAAGAACUGAUCAGAGGACACCAAAUAGAGAAAAACAGAUUGGUACAACAUGGCAGAAUUGGAAGUAAGGCAGCUACUUUUUUUUUUGAAAGGCUUUAUUGGGGAAUUGGGGAAGGGGAACAGCCAAGUUGUUGUCCUUCAAUCUUAG